AUGAAUAUCUCUUAUCAGAUUCUCCAAAAAUUAAAGUCGGUGUUUGUGAGUGUGAUGGGGAAAGGAAAAGCACCUUGCUGUGACCAUAGCCAAAUACUCAAGAGAGGGCCAUGGAGUGAUGAAGAAAGUGAAAUACUCAAAGCUUUUAUCCUCAAAAAUGGUCAUCGCAACUGGAGAUCUAUUCCUAAACUCGCUGGAUUGAUGAGAUGCGGAAAGAGUUGUCGUUUAAGAUGGGUAAACUAUCUAAGACCAGGUCUCAAACGAGGCAACUUCACCAAAGAGGAGGAAGAUACCAUUAUCCACCUUCACCAAACUCUUGGAAACAAGUGGGCAAAGAUAGCAUCACACUUGGGAAGAACAGACAACGAGAUCAAGAAUGUGUGGAACACUCAUCUCAAGAAACGAUUGAUAAAGAGAAACUCAUCAGCAUCAUCAGAUGUUACCAAUCAAGCUCCUUCAGUGUCCCGUUCUUCCUCCUCGUCCUCCUCAUCAGUCUCUAAUAACGUUAUUAAGAGCGAGAAGCUUAAUCAGGAAGAGGAGUUGGAGCAGAUCUUGGUGGAGGAUAUGGCAUCUGGAUUUGAGGUGAAUGCACCACAAUCACUAGAAUCUCUUUUUGAAGAUCGCAAGGUUCCUCCUCCUAUAACCAAACCAGACUCUCUAGAAAUCCGUGGGAAAUCAGAUGAUGAGUUGUGUCGCCAAAUGGUUGAACCAGGGUUAGAUGAUUACAACGAGUGGCUCAUCUAUUUUGAUAACCAAACUUUCUAGAACUGCACCACCAUGUCUUUUUUUUUUCCAUUGACCAUUUAUUUUGUUUUCCUAAGAGAAGUUUAGAAUACACUGAGAACAUGUUCAAA